CCCGUUGCCAUAGAAACGACCUGCAGCUGCACUUGUGUGUGUAUUAGCUAAGCAGCUAACGAACGUAGGUGUUUUAAUUAAUAAGGCGCUCUAACAACGAACUGGCUAAAUGACUAAAUGAACCGAGAAUUUUUAACACUGUUUUUCGUUCCCCUGGGUGAAUGUGUUUAAAAUAUGUUUUGCGCUAGUCUGAGUUACCAAUAUGAAGGCGACUGCUACAGGUUAUUAGCUGAUAUAUAACCGUCGUUGUGCUGCAGUGGUUAUGAAUCAUCUUUUGUUCUUCUCGAAGAAGACAGAUUAAAGCAACCUUCACAUUUCAAUCUUUGAAUCAUUUAGAAGCAUGUUCAGGAACGAUUAUCAGGGUGGUCUCACUGUUGACAUCUUCAGUGCACAUGGAAAAGAUCCUGUGGCAAAAUGGAAACUAUAUGGCAGGAAACCUUCAAUAACUAAAGUGUUUGAUAAAGAAGUGAAGGGCUUUGUAUACAGUCUCGAAGGCAGCAGUCAAACACACAAGAUGCAGUUACCUAAGGAUAGCAAGAUGGCACUUGGUCUGAUUCAGAAGUUUCUGAUUCUACAGGUCAACGUUCCUUUGGGAAAAGACUUUUCCACUGAGUUUCUAGUGACUGAUGAAGAGCACCUAAAGAGGAGACUCUACUUGUCGACCGUUCAUAAAGAGCUCUCAGCAACCCCGUUACAUGCGAGAAUACCUCUAGCGUCCCUCAUUCGCAAUACUUGGUGUAAUCUGUGUGUCGAUCUGGACUCCCUCACCACCGAGAUAUUCAGAGGGAAGCGCUUCCUGUCUCUGGAUGGCAUCAUCAUCUCCGCCUGCUGUAAGCUCCGCCGCAUCUUCACGAUGAAGAAUGAACCAGCAGACUGCAUGGAUGGAGGUUUAGAAAUAAGAAAUGGUCCAAAAGAAGAGAUUCCCAGAAACUGCCAGUUUCCUACUGAAGUUCAGCAUGUUAUCCAGCUGGUGAAUAUAAAGACGCUGGGACAGACUGAUUUAAAGGGUGGACCUGCAAAUUCAGAUACUGAAGAAGAGACAGGUGGCAUCAAGGCAUCCAUCACAAGGGGUCCUACACCCCGGGACUCCUCCCAUAUUGCUUUUGGGUCAAAAGUUAUCGGACCUCCUCCGCUCACCGCCAGGAAGAGCAGCACAUCUGCAAACAGGAAAGAAGAAAGAUCUAAGUCUGAAUUGAACCUCAACAUACCAUCAGGCCGAGCUGAAAAUGUACAGCCACGGCCACCACUUGAAAGGCCUUCUGUUGAGAGAAUGGGCUCAAGGAGACCACAGCGAAUCCAGAAUGCAAGGAGAGAAAAAUCAAACACAGAUAAAGAAGGUGGCAAAAUUAGCCUGAACCCAGAGGGACCUGAGCUUCAAGGAAAAAUUGCAUUAUCCUCACUUCAAACUCUGGGCCCUGACUUAACAGUCGAAGAUAAAUUAACCGAUCCAGUUCUACAAGACAGUGCUUCUAGUGCGGAUACAUCUGGGUCAGCCUUCAAGCCUCCAUGUGCUGCUUCACCUCCAGAGCGUGUGCUGACUACAGAUGAUGCUGACCUUUGUGACACAGAAACCGAGCUCUCUCUCUGCGAUGAGGAAAACGAAGAAGAAGUCUUCACUUUCUCCUCAUGCCCUCACUCAGCCAGACGAAAUCAGGCUAGCAGCAACCCAGUUGAGGAUUUGACCUUUGGCCUUAAAGGUCACAAGCUGGUAACAGAAGGAGAGCGCAAAGAUGCACGUCUGGAGGAUGAUUUUGUCUGUAGUGAAAGUGAAGAGGAUGAAAUGCAUACCGAGUUCCUCCAUAGAAGUGCAGUCCAGUCCAUUACUGCUCCCUCACCACCUCCUUCAAUACAGAAACACGCAGUCUUAUCCAAGAUCUCUUCUGAGCCAAUUAAGACUCAGGCCUCCACAGUCCGGCAUGUCUCCGAAGGACCAAAGAAGCAUGAACCCAUGCGAAUAGCACCAACACGCUGCCUCUCACCGAGUACCUCCAGACAAGGGAGCAGACUGGACCAGUCCCAGGCUGGCAGAGCACUGCCUGAUGGACAUACCAGUAUAUCUAUCAACCGAGCAUCAGUGCGAGAGAUCUCAACGAACAAUUCUGGGCUUCAAAAGGUGAGUGUCGAUGGGAGAGUUCAACCUUUGGGCUCCAGCAGGUGUGAUCUGAGUCGAGAUGAAGAGGAUGAGGAAGAUGAGCUGCGAAUGUUGGCCAGUUUGAAGAGAGAGCAGGAGGAAGAAGGAGAUGGAGACAUGGGCAGCCCAGGCCUUAGUGCAUCACAGGUUCACCACUGCAACAUAAGUCUGAGUGCAAGCAGCGAUGACACCUCAACUUGGACUCAGUGUAUUCCUUUGCCAGUGGAUCAAGGCCAGCAUUAUCAGAAAGAAAUGAACCCUCUUCUUCACUCUAAUCCCAGAGAAUGGAUGGAUGUCCUUAGCCCUCCGAUAGUUCGUCCAAAUCAACAGAUGGCCGAUGAAAAAGAAGACCACAGCAAGGUCUCAACCAGAGGGUCUAAGGUACACGACAACAGUGGAGAGGAAGAGUUUCUCAAUUUAAUGUAUGAUCCUUGCCUCAACUGUUACUUUGAUCCACAAUCUGGGAAAUAUUACGAACUGCUCUGAUCCCGAGAUGAGAAACAUGUUGAUCAAUACUGCCAUAUGUAUGGAUUUAGUUCAAGCACUAUACUGUCCUUCCUAACACGGAUUUUAAUGAUUUUAAUGGGUGUACAUUUUUUAUGUAACUGUUUCUAAUGUGAAAUGUUUUUUAGUAAUUAAUUCACAUUCAAGCAUGUUUGAGCUCCUAACUGAAAAAGUUACAUAACGUUUCUGUACGAAAUAAACCAUAUGAAUGAAUCCAUUUCAGUUUAUUUUAGUUCUAACUUUUUAUUCAAAAUGUAAAACUAAUUCAAAUUGUACAUUUUUUUGUCUAAUUUAAUUCACAGGUUUUAAAUUAAUCUCACUUUUUAAUUAAAAUAAACAUAAAAGCGAUCCUACUGUGUAAUGUUGACGGAAGUCGUUGGUACACGAUCGACCAAUCACACGCCCGCUACUGCUUUACGUCAUUUGACAGGUAGAAUCACUAGGAAGUAAACAUCUAUAAUGGCGAGAAAGUGUUUAAAGUUAAGCCACUACUCAAAUAUGUUACUGAAUUUAAUUUUAUAUAGUGUUUUUUGGGAGCUCGUCUUCGCUUUUCCGUCAUAUCGCGAAUCCAGACAGUCAGAAAGUUUGGAGAAAUCCACCUCAGCACCAAAUAAUCAACAGGUUAUAAGACUUCAUAUAGGAGUGAUCGCGUCUGUUGUGAUCGUUAUUGUCGCUGCAAUAGCAGCUGCUUUCUUCAUCAUACGGAAAUACUGCUGUCUGAAGAGUAAUGCAACAUAUAGAUACUCAGAACUGCAACAAAUGGAAGAGCAAAAUGCAGCCAGAGAAGUGGAUGAUGAUUCAGAUGAGGACCUUUUGGACUGAAUCAUGUAGCAUAAUUUAUUCUUCACAUUUCUCUUCCUUUUUAAUACUGUGACUUUAUAUGGCCAAAAGCAUCACAUGGGUCAUUUAAAAACCACCAGGAGUUCCUGAAAUAUUUAUCUCUGUUCCACCAUUUUUCAGCACGAAUAUGUCCACCAACCGGUUAAAUUUAGCUGGUUACAUUUGGCAGGAUUUAAAGGCCAAGAUCCCCUACAUGAAAGAACUGGAGGGAAGGGGUUCAGAAAUAUUAAGAUGCACAUUCGAAAAAAAAUACUGAUUUAUUUUCAGGCCAAUAACUUCUGUAAAGAGCUGUGGUGGUUGUUCUGGUGCCCAUCGCUUAAAACUUGGUCAGUACUUUUUAAAUGCACUCCUUGAAGAAUGUAUUUAGUAUUUUCUUGUACCAAAAGCCUGUUGAAAUGAUUGUUCCUCUUUAUUUAUUGUGUAUGUGUGUGCCUGAUCUUUGCUCGAUCUUAAAACAGCUUCAUGAUCUCAGGUUGUUCCCACUGGAUACUGUGAACAGUGCAACUAAUACCUGAGGCACACCUGUUCUAGUGUUUAACUGUUAACCAGUCUUAUCAACUGUAAUGAUGCUGUAGAUGCUGUUGCAUUUCAGUGCCUUACUGAAAUCUGUUACUGUACAAUUUAACUGUGGUAUCCGACUGAACAAUAGUCUGCUUUUCUAUGCUGGUAAUGGUAUUUACUAAUGGCAGUGUUUGACUUUACCUGUAUGUUAAGGUGAUAGUGUUGAUAAAGCAAUAUUAUGUGUGGUUCUUGA